AUGGCGAUGUUCGCAGUGACGGCCCGACUCCUCGCGAUGAUGUGGGCCGGCUGCGUGUGUUUUAAGCUGUCGGAGCCGCCUUUGGGUCAGGGCAGCGCGGCGAAGGAGGCGGCCUCCGGAUAUGUGGAGGGCGCCGAAGAUGCUCAGGGAGAUGGCGUGGGCCUUGGGAAGAACCUCAAGUUUCUCCUUGUGAAGGUCGCGCAGCUCGAGGCCCUGGCGGAAAUGCAGCAAGCCGAGAUUGCAAGUCAUCGCUUGGAGAUCGCGUCCUUGAAGAAAGAGCAGGGCAAGGGCUUGGAGGUAGACCCUGCCAAGCACUUGGGAAUCUUGCUGGAGGAGAUGCAGACCACGGGCGAAGGUUCCAAGACCAGGCUGGACGAGGCCACCGACGUCCUGAAGAAGGUCUGGGGCAAGCAAGAGUACCAGCGCCGCACCGGAAAGUUCCACGAGGGCUCCUUCCCUCACGGCUGGAAGCAAGGAGUGGAGAGCAAUGAGACUGCAGGCCUCGCAGCCAAGGAGAAGAGACGGUUCGGCCCGGUCGGAGAUGUAGUUAAGGAGGGGACGAAAGUCUUCUCCGGCGAGACUCCAGACGUUCCAGACUUUGCCACAGAUCCGGUGGGGACGAUCAAGAAAGGAUAUGAGGAAGCCAAGACGUUGGAUGAGAAGGUGGCUUAUGCGAAGAAGAUGCUGACGACGCACCCGAUCGACACCGUGGAGACGGCCACGGAGCUCCUGCAGGGAGUCCUCAGUCAAUCCGGCUUUCAGGACGUUUGGGUGAAGCUUCACAGACCGACUCUGCCGAGCCAUGUGAGUGGGAGGCUCUACCUCGGCAAAGUUAAGGUUGAAAUCAAGUUGAUCAGUGAAAUAAAAACCGCCGAGCUCGACUUGGGAAGCAUUGAUCUGCCGAGUCAGCUGAAAGAAGUUGUCGGCAAGCCCCUUUGGCAGAUUCAGGGGGCGCUCAGCCUGGGACAGGAUCUCAGCGGUUGCAGCAACUGGCACCUACCUGGUAACGCAGUGAAGUGCUUCGGUGACAAGAUCAUCGACCAGGCGGCCCCGCUCAAGGAAGUUGUCGGCAAACCCCUUAUGCACAUUCAGGGGGCGCUCAGCCUGGGUCGGGAUCUUCUUGGUUGCAGCAACUGGCACCUGCUUGGUAACGCCGUGAAGUGCUUCGGUGACAAGAUCAUCGACCAGGCGGCCCCGCUCAAGGAAGUUGUCGGCAAACCCCUUACGCACAUUCAGGGGGCGCUCAGCCUGGGUCAGAAUCUCCUUGGUUGCAGCAACUGGGACGUGCCUGGUAACGCCGUGAAGUGCUUCGCUGACAAGAUCAUCAACCAGGUACCAGAGCUGAGCGCAACGGCUGGCGGCGCCGUCGCGGCAGUUCAGAAGAUGAUAACGGUGGGCAAGGAGCUGACGUCCUGCUCAGAGCAGUCGGGGAGUGGAAUUGUGGAGUGCCUCGGCACCAAAAUCAUCCAACACACCCCUCCCUUCAGCUUCCUGAACCAGAUGGGAGACAUCCUGUCCGAGUUCUUCGAGGGCUUCGCGAAAGUGGCGGGCACUGUGGCCAGGCAGGUGCUGAAGGGCAGCAGCUCACUGAUCCAGGAGGCGGCCCUCUCCAAGUUCCCGGCCACCGGAGCCCCCGCAACGGUGCACCACUCUGGCCAAAGCCUCCUUAUCACGAAGCACACCCAAAAGCGCCAAAAGGGGAAGCUCUCGAUGCAGAUGGAGGGGGACGACCCGCCGGAGGAUGGCAUCGCUUUCAGUUUGCACGAUGAGGGCUCCAACUACCAGUCCAAGCUGAUCACCCAGCUUCUCUGCGUCACCUUUCGGGCAGCCAUUGAGGAGUGCAUGACUGUGACCUACAGUGUCAACGUGCAGCCGGUUAUUGCCUUCGUUGGCGGAGUGCAGAUUGACGUGAUGCCCCAGAUCCUCUCCAGUGGCGUGCUGCUCUUCUCCAAGACGCUGCGCCUGGCCAAACGCUACAAGGACCCCACGGACUUCAUUGACUACGCCGGGCACUUGCAAAGCGCCACAGCGAACUGGGAGCAAGGAACGAGCCCCCAGGUGGCCAUCAGCAGAACCAAGCUGCUGCAGACGGAGGCCCAUCAGAACCACAACCAGACGCCAAAGGCAGGCAGCAGGAAAGAUGAGGCAGACCAAGGCGUCUUUGAGUGGAUGGAGGAUGAGGACGUCUAUCUGGCCUCUGCGAACUAUUCCCAGGAGCUUGGGGUGAACUUGACCUCUGAACUGCGUGGCAUGGAGGCCAAACAGCGCCUGAGUUUGGAAGCCACGAAAGCGCAAGGAGUCUUCCAGCUCUUCAGCUUCAAACACGACGGGAUGGUGAGCUUCGAGUUCCAGGCUGUUAUGAACGGGAACGACUUGGAGAUGCGUGCCAAGAUGGGCUUCGGAACAUUCCAGUCUCCGCUAAAGACGAUGAAGCUCGUGGACAUCGCACAGCAAUUCGAGGUGGUACUGCAUGCGCUCCCCUUCAUGUCCAUUGCCAGCAGGUCCAAGGCCCUUGAUGCUUUGAAGGACUUCACGCAUCACAUGCCGCCGCCGGUCGUCUUGCGGCCCGGAACUACCGUCGCCCUCCACAAUAUCUUCUUUCAGUCCUACAUCAAUGCUGAUAGCACUGGACAAGUCCGCUCUUGUUGUGCCCACGCCUUCGAGCUGGGCCUCCCCCCAAACAAUCAAAACGAGCGCUGGACGGUGGUGGACGCGGGCGAGGGCCAGAUCGCGCUCCAUCAUCCGCGGUACAACGGCUUCCUGCGCCUCAAAGCAUCCGGGCUCGAUCUCAGGCACGCCGCUCCCAAGGACUUCCAAGCCGGUUCCGGCUGGGAGGCUGAGACCUUCAAGGUGGUGAAUCUCGGUGGCGGGACAGGGAUCUUCGGCUUGCAGAACCCGGCCACCAAGCGCUUCGUUUCCGUGGGGCCCGGCCACACUUAUGUGACCGACCCCUCUGACGUCCUCCACGCCGGUUGGACCCACCAGCAGUUCCGCGUGGAGGUGCUGAAGCCGCGUCUGGCGCCCGGCACCACGGUGGGACUUUGGAGUCCGAUGUGGAAGCACUGGCUCCGCCUGAACCACGCGGAUAUGGACAAGGGUGGGAAUGUGAUGGCCCACGACAAGCCCAACCUUGCCUAUCAAACCGAUUGGGAGAAGUUCGAGGUGGUGGAUGCCGGUGACGGAGAGGUCGCUUUGUGGAACCCCACUUUCAAGGCCUUCGUGCAGAUCGAAAACGGUGAUGCCAAAGCCAGUCCCCCCAUCUAUCCGCGGCAGCUCACCACCAUUUGGCCAUCGUGCAGGUUCCAAGUCGUGCCCACCGGCGAUGGCACGAUCGCGUUGCACAACCCGGCAGAAACUCAGUUCCUUGCCAUGCGUAUGGAGCCGGGUGCCGCAGGCAUCCUCACCACCGGCCACACGAUCCAGUCGCUGCCAGAGACCGCAACGUCGUGGGAGCGCUUUGUGGUCUACGAAUCUUGCUGCUGGUUAGUAGGGAAUGGAAGAAUGGUAGUAAUAGUAGUUAUAAUUAUACCCCAUUCCUUCAUUCCCUACUAA